CAAAAAUCCCCAAACCUGCCGCCGAAAUGGAAUCAAUACAACCGCAAAUCGAGGACCUAAUCACAAACAUCGACGACCUCGAGACCGCGCUUCAACCCAUCAUCAAAACCGCUCUCAGUGCAACCACCUCGAAACUUCCUCUUCUCGACAAAGCGAAGCUCUACGUCCUCGCCACAUACGCGAUCGAAUCAAUACUCUUCUCCUACCUCCGCCUCAAUGGUGUCGACGCGAAAUCACAUCCGAUCUUCCAAGAACUCACGCGCGUGAAAGAAUACUUCAACAAGAUCAAGACCGCUGAAGCGGCAGGAGUGGGAAGCAAGAACAAACUCGAUAAGGACGCUGCUGGGCGGUUCAUCAAGGCGGGCUUAAGCGGGAAUGAUAGGUAUGACAGGGAGAGGAAGGAGAGGCAAGACAGGGAGAGGGCUGGCGCGAAGAGGAAGUUGGAGAAUAUUGCUGUGGGGACGCAUACAAGAUUUGAUGGGGCUGCGAAGAGAAUAAGAAGUCAAGAGGGAGAAACGGUGGGUGUGGUGAAGGCGAAUGAGGUGGAGGAGAGUGAUGCGACGGGGCAGGAGUCGAAAGAGGGAACGCCGGUGCCUGUGAGGUCAAAGAAGGGAAAGAAGAAGAAGUCGAACAAGGGCUGACAGUGCUCGAUGGAUUAGCAAAAGGUGUGCUUUCUGUACCGGCUGAGUGAACACAUCGCUCUAAUGCUCGAGACAGCUCGGGAUCUUUGAGGCCACUUACAGGUCGUUGGGUACCGCGAGUCGAAUCCGUCAUCCCUAUCGAACCACAGCAGUCUGACCAGCAACGCUCAAGCGAAUUUUGGAUUCAAACGUGGAUUUCGUAGAAUUUUGACGCCCACUGCUUGUGGCGUCGAUUCCAUGUCGCUUCUGAGCAGCAUUAUUGAGCGAUUGGGGCCGCCCACCAUAUCGGGACCCCCCACUGCCCCACGGCUGACGGGCACCUCUCGAGACCUGCCUUCAGCUUGCUUCGCAACAUGGCAUCUACCGGAUAGCUGGAUUCGAGGGCACUCUGCCACUUCUUUCAUUGCACUCGAAGCUCAAAUUCGUUAUCAGCGAGAUGUGGCUACUCGACGUGAAGACCAGAAAGCCCGUCUCUUUUCUCGACGAUCGGCAAGCGGCCGGGAAAUAUGCCAUACUGUCACACACAUGGGAAGAUGACGAAGUCACUUUCUCGGACGUACACUAUCCAAAGGCACGGCUUAUGAGAGGCUACGCUAAGAUCGAGUAUACCUGUCGUCAAGCCGAGAAGGAUGGACUCUUAUACGCGUGGAUAGACACUUGCUGCAUCAAUAAAGAUAGCAGCGCCGAACUCUCAGAAUCCAUCAAUUCCAUGUUUCGCUGAUACCAGAACUCGGCUGUGUGUUAUGUGUAUCUGUCGGAUGUGGCCCUGGAGUCAGAAGUUGAUGCAGCUACGCCCAGGCCAGAGAUGACAUCGUGUCACACGAAAGUGCAACGCCUGUCAGAGACACUUCGCAGCUGUCGUUGGUCGACGAGGGGAUGGACACUGCAAGAAAUGAUUGCCCCGC